UUUAUCCUUUAGAAUCAACUCGUCCCCCAAAAAACGUUGAGUUCUUGAACUCCGUCCCCUGUUCUCUCCGCCGCAAAUCGCCGCUCCACCUCACGCGCCUUCGUUACCGGCUAGAUCAAACAUCCACCACCAGUUAACUUACCGCUACUGCUCAUUCGCUGGCCAUAAAAGGGUUGAGGAAAACCCCGUUUCCAGAAGCCUUUGGUGAAGGGGGUCACUUUCGUCUGAGUUUUCUCUUCUACUCUUGCUAGCAGGAGUUUCGAAACUUCCUUCUUCCAAAUCAGUAACUUGGGCGCUAUAUUGUUGAAAUUGGUGAAAUCUCUUUCCCUUGAAAACUAAACCCGACCUAAAAAAAUUGGGUCAGGGUACAAGGAACUACAGGGAUGCAAAUUUUCAUCACAGAAAAUCACAAUUAAUGUCACUUUUACUACAGCGUUUGAGAUGGAUGAUACCUGGUUUUAAUAGAUCAGCAACAGUAAAUCCGAAGAGGUUGGAGAAUACUGAUGUGAAGCCUUUGCCUCUUCUCUUGCCAGAGCAGAAGCUACAACUACCAGUGAAUCCCAACAAUCUCAAGACUAAUUAUAAAAAGUCUAAUAAGCCAAUGUUGGAUGCUGUGCAUGAGAUUGCCAUUUAUAUUCAUCGAUUUCACAACCUAGACCUAUUUCAGCAAGGAUGGUAUCAGAUUAAGAUUACAAUGAGGUGGGAAGAUGGUGAUUAUGGUUCUUUGGUAACUCCAGCUAGAGUUAUUCAAUAUGAAGCUCCUGAAUUGGGGUGCUUGAAUGCAUAUAUACCUUCAGAUUUCAGUGCUAUUGGUGUAUCACAGCAACUGAAUGCGUAUUAUGGUUACCAGGGUCCAUCCACGUUAGCUGUUAUUCUGAAAUUUGAGCUCAUGUAUGCUCCUGUACUUGAGAAGAGGUCUAAUUUGCAGGUGUCAUUGGAUGCAAGCCCAACUGCAGUCCAUGAAUUUCGGCUCCCCCCUAAAGCUCUUUUGGGGUUGCAUUCCUAUUGCCCUGUUCAUUUUGAUGCUUUUCAUGCUGUGUUAGUUGAUAUAACUGUACAUUCGUGCAUGCUGAAAAGUGAGGUUUCCUCUGCUUCCCUGGAAGUACCUAGUGAUUCUGGAGCUGAUGAAGAUGCUAUUGUUGGAGAUCGCGAUAAGUCAAAACACUGUGAUCUGUAUGCUAUCACAUCACUUGACCACCGUUUUGAAUCAAUGUUACGUACCAUUGAAUUUGCAGUUCCCAACAUACAGAAAUUUCUAUUUGAGUUGCUUCUGGUCAUAUGCAGACCAAAAUUUUUGUUGACAUUUGUUGUGUUUCUAAAACAGGACAUGCUUGUCAAAGAAUUAUCAAGUGCUCGUGACAUACUCAUUGAAGAGCUACAAAAGCUUAGCAAGGCUAUCAAUCAACCAAUUGAUAUGAAAGAUGUUAACAGAUUAUAUGCUAUCAAUCCAAGAUCUGAUCUGGAAAAACCCAAUGCUGAAAGUUCUGGAAAAAUUUCGAACGAGCUCCAAAAUGUUUCCGAGAAACCAAAUGGUGGGGUUGAUUUUCAUGUAGAUGAUUUUCCACAUUCCUUAUCUAAGGGCACAUCUAGCCCUUUUGAUUCAAUUGGAAAUCAAGUAUUCUACCUAUGGAGUAUUUUUCUGAAUUUUCACAGGGCUAACAAAACAAAGAUCCUUGAAUUUUUGUGUAACCAAUGGGCUAUUGAUCGUAAAGCUGAAUGGUCAAUCUGGAUGGUUCACACUAAGGUCGAGAUGCCUCAUCAGUAUAUAAGGAGUGAGGUGGCUGAGUCUUCUUACCAUGCAUUACAUGGUAGAGCACCCGUUCUACGGAAGCUAACUGGCGAUCCUGUCCAGACUGCGGCUAUGCGAGCAGAGCUUCAUAGGCGAAGUAUUGCACAAAUGAGGAUCAACAAUCGGUGUAUUCAAGAUAUGCAUAUAUUUGGAGAUCCAUCUCGUAUCCCCAUUGUAAUUGUAGAACGUGUUGUGGACGUACCUUUGCGUUCAGGCAGUGGAAAUUCUUACUUCAGCCAACUGGACCAAAAAGGUAGAAGCAGUCUGAUCUCUGGCGGUGACUCUACUCCCACAAACAAGUUAUCUGUUGCCAGCAAUCGUCAAAGCAGUCGUGUCCUGAAGAUUGUAGUUUUUGUCCAUGGAUUUCAGGGACAUCAUCUGGAUUUACGGCUUGUCCGGAAUCAAUGGCUCCUGUUAGAUCCCAAGGUAGAGUUUCUUAUGUCAGAGGUUAAUGAAGAGAAAACUUCUGGAGACUUUAGGGAAAUGGGACAAAGAUUGGCACAGGAAGUUGUAUCUUUUGUGAAAAAGAAGAUGGACAAAUUCUCAAGAUCUGGAGUCCUCAGAACUAUUAAGCUUAGCUUUGUUGGACAUUCGAUUGGAAACAUUAUUUUGAGAACUGCGUUAACAGAUAGCAUUAUGGAACCAUAUCUGAGAUACCUGCAUACUUAUCUCUCUAUUUCUGGACCACAUCUAGGUUACCUAUACAGUUCAAACUCUUUAUUUAAUGGUGGUUUAUGGCUCUUGAAAAAGCUCAAGGGCACACAGUGCAUUCAUCAGCUGACUUUUACAGAUGAUCCUGAUCUUCAAAAUACUUUCUUGUACAAACUUAGCAAGGAAAAGACGUUGGAGAAUUUCAGGAAUAUCAUUCUGUUAUCUUCACCCCAGGAUGGUUAUGUUCCAUAUCAUUCUGCUAGAGUUGAAAUGUGCCCAGCAUCUUCAGGCGACUCCUCAAAAAAAGGCAAAGCUUUUCUGGAGAUGCUUAACAAUUGCUUGGACCAAAUACGUGCACCAUCUUUUGAGAACCGGGUAUUCAUGCGAUGUGAUGUUAAUUUUGACAUCUCGUUGCAAGGGAGAAACCUCAAUACCAUAAUUGGACGGGCCGCUCAUAUAGAGUUCCUCGAAACAGAUGUCUUUGCAAGGUUUAUAAUGUGGUCCUUCCCAGAUUUGUUCCGUUGAUUGCAGGGGCUAUUAACAUUUGCCAUGCAUCUGCAUAAUGUAUUCUUGAGCCUCAAUCGAGCACCAUCGAACCUCCAACUUUUUAACACGAGGAACGAUGUUAUCACUGAAUCUUCGGGACGGUUUUCCUAAAGAUAGAGUUUCAUCUUCUCGACAUCCAGACUUGCAGGUACAAUGAAAUAUCCCGCAAUGUAAAUUAUUUGCUAUAUGUGCUUCAUUUCGAGAUCUUCCAACUUUAGCAGGCAGUUUAAAACUUAGAGGUGCAGGGUAAAUUAGUGGUUUUUUGUUUUUGUUUUUUCCCCACAUAGAAAUGUAUAUGGUAUAUUCGAUGGUGAUAAAUGUAACGCACCACGACAUAGUAUUGCAUUACGAAAUCGAGCAUGUGUUAAUUUUAUUUACAUCAGAAGUCAGUUUGCACUGUAUCAGUAUCAAACUUAAUAAAAGAUUAUGAUUAGACUGGUUUUAUGCU